AUGUUCCUCCUCACAGAGGUCGCUCGACCAUGCCGGGCAAGCAUCGCAUGGAAGCUCUCAUCGCGCGGUCUCUGCGCUCAACCUCCGAAAAGACUGUUCAGCCGCUCCAGGCCAGUCGGCGCACCCAUCACCGCGGAAGAAGUCACCGGCGCUCACAAAUACUGCGUUGCCCUACUCUCAAAAUAUGACCGACCAUCUUAUACCCUGAGCACUUUCAUCCCAUCCCACGCCCGAACCUUUUAUGUCGCUUUGCGCGCAUUGAAUGUCUCCCUCUCCACAAUCCCCGACACCACCUCGUCUCCGACUAUUGGUCUGAUGCGCCUGCAAUUCUGGCGCGAUGCCAUAACUAAAAUUCUCGCCGGCGCACCCCCCAAGGAACCAGUCGCCAUCCUACUUGCCUCAGCCAUCUCCGACCUCAACAAACGUACAAAUGGCCGUACGAGAAUCAGCAAAGGCUGGCUGACCAGACUCAUUAAUGCGCGCGAACAAACCCUUACCAACGACCCGUACCCCAACAUCGCGGCGCUCGAAUCUUAUGCAGAAAACACUUACUCGACACUCAUGUACUUGACUCUGGCCGCGCUGCCCAUGACCUCGGUUACGGCUGAUCAUGUCGCGUCGCAUAUUGGAAAGGCCGUGGGGAUUGCUGCGGUCUUGCGUGGGUUGCCACUAGUUGCAUUCCCGCCGCCACCGAGCCAAUCGCCCAGUGGAAGUGCCGGUAGUAUCGGAUUGAAUGCCGGGGGAAGACAGGGUGCUGUCAUGCUGCCGUUGGAUAUCAUGGCACAGACAGGUGUCAGAGAGGAAGACGUAUUCCGCCGGGGCGCGGAUGCCGAGGGUCUGCGGGAUGCAGUUUUCACCGUCGCUACGCGGGCGAGCGAUCAUUUGAUUACUGUGGACCAAAUGCUGAGCAAUCUGCGUGCUGGCAAGGAUGUCGGACACGAGUUCGAGCACGAGGGCGAAGAAGGCCAUGAGUACGAGUCUGUUGAUCUCACUGGUGGCAGAGAAUCGCCCUUGGAUGAAGUUAACCGCGCUUUUGGCGUCUUCAUGCCUGCGAUUGCUACGCGGAUGUGGCUUGAUCGGCUGCAGCAGUAUGAUUUUGAUGUCUUCCAGCCGGAACUUCUUCGGUCGGAUUGGAAACUUCCUUGGAAGGCAUAUAUGGCGUUCCAACGAAAGAGGAUCUAA